AUGGCGCGAAUGUUAUUCGGUAGUCACAUUUCUAAGCUGGAAAAGUUUACUGGUCCAAAGCUCUUCAUCAUGGGCACAGAGGACUGCUGGACGGGAGUGUCACAGUUAGCUUCGUAUGUCCACAAGCUCGGCCCCUCAGCAGAGUAUCGUCUUAUCGAUGGCGCUGGCCAUUUCGAUUUGGAGAACAGCACUGAGAGAACAGGACAGAUUGUCGACUUCGCCUCCGAUUUCAUAACUAAGGCUUCAUCUAAACAUUAA